CUCUCUCUCUCUCUCUCUCUCUCUCUCGUGGCAUCCGGCUGCUGCUUCCUCCACAAACCUCUCUCAAUUCCACCGUAGACGACGACAGCGCCAAAGGUCAGAGGAAAUUGGGCUAUGCCCUCACCAAUCUUCCAUAUAUAGGGCACAGGAGGGGCAUCGUCUUGUUCAUCCACAUCUCCUGCAUCUUUGCUUCCUUCCUCGCUCUAGAUCUCACCUCUGCGACAGCAAGGUAGGCGCUUUGAGAUCGGAGAAAUGUCAACCCAGUUUGCAUCCGAGCAUGUUUGCUAUGUCAACUGCAACUAUUGCAACACCAUCCUGGUGGUGAAUGUGCCAAACAAUUGUUCCUACAACAUCGUGACUGUUAAAUGUGGGCAUUGCACAAUGGUGCUCUCGAUGGAUCUCAGUCCUUUCCAACAGGCACGCAUUGUUCCAGACAACCAGGUUGUUCAGAACAGAGGAUUUCAUCAAUACAAUAAUUUUGGGAGCUAUGAGCCUGCCUCCAGAAAUCUACGAACACAAUCCAUGUACCAGAUGUCAAACAAUCAGCCACAAGUGCCACCAAUGCGACCCCCAGAGAAGAGACAGCGUGUUCCGUCAGCAUACAACAGAUUCAUCAAGGAAGAAAUACAAAGGAUAAAGACCAGCAAUCCAGAGAUUAGCCACAGGGAGGCAUUCAGUGCUGCAGCAAAGAAUUGGGCUCAUCUUCCUCGGCUCCAUUUCGGCCUGAGCGUUGCCGACGGUGGCGGCGGCAGCAGCUAAGAUCAUCAUCGCCGAUGCUGCGUGCUUGCUACACGUCAAGAAGAUCGAUAGAGCGCUGCUGCGUACGCGUGCGAGGGCCUGAGCUCGCGCGUGCGUGCACGCUGACAAUCGAUCGAUCGAAGAACUCUUCGUCAGCUUAUAAUUAUAUAAAAGCUGUGUGCUACAUGUAUCCUGCUACCGGGGUUUGCGUAAGUUUUUAAGUGUGGAUUAGGUGGUGAUAAUCUGUAUUUUCUUCGGACCUAGAGCUGUGUGCGUGCGUGCAUGCAUGCCCUGCGUUCAGCAGUGUGAUGUAUGUACACGCACUACGCUUCACCAAGGGAUGCGUGCAUAUAUGCAUGCAUGUUGGAGAUUAUGUAUAUUGCUAAAUAAAUGGAAAGAUUUGUGUGUGAUCUUCUUCCA